CGUGGGCCGAUCGAAUCUGCCAGGGAUAAUCGGCCGGUGCGCAUCUCGCUGCUGUCCCGUGCACUUGGUCCUUUGCGAACAUGCACGAGCUCCUCGAGACGCUGCUCUCGAAGCAGAAGUUCGUCAAGGCGCUUUCCACCGCGCCGCCCGCGCGCAUUCCCAACAUGGACAAGGUCGUCACCUUUGUUGGCGCGGGCAUCGACCUCGCGCGUUGCCGCCAAGCGUUCCGCGACGCCGUCCUCGUUGGCAUUGACACGGAAACCAAACCUGAGUUCAAGAAGAACUCGGAGCGCAACCCGGUCGCGCUUCUCCAGAUCGCGACGCGCGACGCCAAGGGCCAUGAAGCCGUCUUCGUGCUCGAUCUCCUCGCAUUAGACGUGGACGACUACAACGACAUGCUCACCGAGCUCUUUUGCGCACACGACAUUAUCAAGAUGGGGCAAGGCCUGCUCGGCGAUCUCAAAGAGCUUCACGAGGCGUACCCCAAAGCGUCGUGCUUUCGCAAGAUCCAUAGCGUCGUCGAGGCCAACGAUCUCUUGCGCGUCGUCAUCCAGCACACGUGCCUUCUGAGCCUCCAGAAGAUCGUAUUCUUCUGCCUGAAGAAGAAGCUCAUCAAGACACAACAAACGUCCAAUUGGCACCGCCGGCCACUCUCGCCGGCGCAGCUCAUGUACGCCGCGCUGGACGCACUCGUGCUCCUCUGGAUCCACGACAAGCUCCUCGACGCGAUUCCGUUGCCUUUCCACAUGGACUCGAUCUGGAAAACGUGGGACCUCAACCGCAAGAUCGAGCUUCCGUGCACCAAGUGCGGUGCCUGCUUCGAGUCAGACCACAGCUUGUAUUCACACUACGUCGCGUGCAGCGCGGACUCAACCGAGCGCAACUUUGCCUGCCCACGCUGCCCGAAGCGCUUUAAAACUGACGAGGCGCGGCGCCAGCACGCCCAGCACUGCAUGGACAAGGCCGUGCCGCCAUCCGUUUCGACGGCAGUUGACGUCGACUGCUACUGCGGCCGGACACUCGUCGACGAAAAGUGGAAUGCGGGCCACCCACUGCACUACAUGUGUGCAAGCUACAAGCAGUACGCAACGUUGCUGCAUGAGACGAACACGUACGUCUGGAACUGCGUCGACUGCGCCAAGACGUUCGAGUCGCCAGAAAAGCUUCUCUACCACCAUGGGCUCUGUGGGACAACGCCGACAAUGACCAAGCUGCACGUACGGUUCGACGAGUCGCCCGCGCCCAAGCGCAAGGCGUCCAUGGACUGUAGUAGCAGCGAAGAGAAGCGAUUGCGGUUCCAGCGAACGGCGAGUGCCGAUUUUACAGAGUCGCCCGAGGAAGAGUCGCUCUGGAGCGAAGUCGGCAAGUGGAGUUGCGAUAUCGAGGGCGACGACACGGACACCUCCAGCUAUUAAUCAACUAAAACUAUCAUUGUAUAUACAUGCAAG